GAGGAUGCUGUGAUGAGAUCGUAGCUCCAUAUUGAUGCCCUCUGACCCUCAUUUACAAAGGCUCCUUUGUCUGAGAUGAGGCGAUUAACAGUGACACAUUAGUUUGCAAGGAUGGACCUACAUUUUUACACAGCGCAUUUAAAGUCAGAAUCGGUCAAUACCAAAAACAGUGAAUCUCUUAGAAAAUGUGUAAGUCCUUUGAUUUACUGUAGUUUAUUCAAACUGCAAACAUAGCUUCAGAUGAAACGGACACAAUAGACCAUCCUGCUGCCUUGGCAUUCGGUGCCCACGUGUUUCCUUGGACGCUUUUCAAUCGCUCCACUACGGGGCGUAUAAGGGCUUGAGGUCUGCGGAUGGAGCAGGCAGUGCCAAUCGUUAACCUGAACCCUCUAUUUACUCGAGUUGAGAACGAGUGGGAACUGUUGUAAUUUUGAGGACGUGAGCAUCAAUAUCUCAAAAAGUAGACUAUACUCAACCACCCACACAAACACGCUUUCUGAAUAAUACGGAGUUUUACUCGCGCGUUUGAGUCUUUUAAGUUAUUUGGCAACAUUGAAGCAGAUCUCUUUAUAGUUCUCGAUGCGCUUUUUGCGCUGACAAUAACGGAUUAACGUAGCAAAUCUAAAUGUACCAUGAAAGGAUGGAUAAAGGCACCCAUUUGACGUGCGCGCGGUAUUCCUUUAAAAUAACGCAACACUCUCAAGUAUGUUGUGCACGCAAUAAGCGUUUAAGCGACUUUACCCUGGGAAUUUAUUCUGUCUUGGGAAUUACACCACCGCAAAAAAAGCUCCACCACAUUCGAGGCGGGUUGUAGUUUUUGUAACCGAGACGCCCAUCAUUCAAAAUGCAAACCAAUGAGCGCGAGAGAGCGAGCGCUGGACACUGUACCUCUCUCUCCCCCUCUCUCUCUCUCUGAGACAGCAUGGCUCAUGCACCCUGACCAACUCAGCUGCCCGAAAUCACACUGUCGUGGACUAUCACACCAUUUCAUCUCGAAUGCCACAAAACAUCCACUUCUGACGCGCGUCUGUACGUUUUGGUCGCUUUUCGACCACGAAGGCAGUUGGCUCUCCGGAGCGUCGGCUCGCUGAACCCUGACAGUUUGAGGACAACGUCUGCGUAAAUGAACUUUUUCAACGUCAGGUUUGACUGUAUGGACAGAAAUUCACAUAUUGGAGAAUAAGGAACGCCGACGGAUGCGGUUGUUUUCGUUUGGCACAACUAACUACGUUUGCCGGCGUUUAAACCGCGUUGACUGUCUGACGCGCUUUGGAAUGGAAAGUGAAAAACGUUUAAGGACCUGAAAUUUGUCUGAUCUUGUGGAAAACUAACACUUUUGUGGCUCGCAGGAGAUCGGAUGCGCUUGAGAUGAACGCAUUAUCAGACCGGACAAUUGACAGACGGCGAACAUAACCUGCUUCUGUGUUUAUGUUUGAUCGCAGUCCGAUACUUCACGUAAUUCAAUGUUACUGUGACUCUUAAAGACUUGAGCAUCGCUUCCACUGCUGUUGUAUUGAACUAUCGAUACAUUUGUACGGCAUCAUUUAAGUUAUAAAGAGAAUUUCUCACGUGGGAUAUUUAACAAAAACAUACUUCGGUCACGGUCAAUCCACCGACGCUGUGUUUUAUUGAACAGACUGAAACUUUCAGAGAUGCUGCAGGUGGAAAUGUUUUAUUUUGUGUGUAUCAGCCUGUGGAUGUCUGUGUUGGGCCUGGAGCCGGCGUCUAAGGUUGUAGCAGAUCGCUAUGCCGUCUACUGGAACCAAACAAAUCCAAGGUUCUACAGGGGAGACUACCACAUAGACGUUUGCAUUAAUGAUUAUUUGGACGUCUACUGUCCUCACUACAUUGACACGGUUCCCGAGGAGAGGACGGAACGGUACGUUCUCUACAUGGUCAACUACGAUGGUUAUAGUUCCUGCGACCACACGGCCAAAGGUUUCAAGCGCUGGGAGUGCAAUCGACCCCAUUCGCCCAACGGGCCCCUGAAGUUCUCAGAGAAAUUUCAGCUCUUCACGCCUUUCUCACUGGGGUUUGAAUUUCGGCCAGGCAGAGAAUACUACUAUAUCUCGUCCACGGUGAGUGAAAACGGAAGACGGGGCUGCCUGAGGCUGAAAGUCUUCGUCAGACCUGCAAACAACUGCGAUAAAAGUCACGACCGCGUCGUCAAGAUCAACGACGGAGAUGUGAACUCUAUAGAAAAUAAUAACGAUGGGACGAGUCAUGAAUCUGCCGAGCCGUCCAGAGGAGAUGUGAACGGCGCAGGGCACGUUCAGACUGUAGGGCCUUUGUUGACCUCAGCGCUGGUUCUUCUGGUUUCCCUCUCAACAUUAUAGCAUCUGUACGUGCACAGUGACGCAUCCGAAGCAUGAUACGGGACUCGUGAACGAGCACUUUUAGCAAACAUUUGAGAUGAAUCUCUCUCGCUAGCAAAGUAGUAGCGGAAGAUACUACAAGGCUUUAAAAUGUUUCUUAUCCCUCAGCGAUAUGACUGGACGGUUUACAGUAAGCCCCACCUCACCAAAAACCUCUCUUAUAUACCCAAUAAACCCACAAAAAUACGGCACGGCACAUAAAAAUAGGUCCGUGUCCUCUAAAUGCCCUGUAUGUAAGGGCCUUGAAAUCGGGGGGCAGCGAAAGAAAUACUUUUCCUCGCCACAAAGACUGCUUUCAGUGUCCAGAAGAGAGAAGCAACCAGGAGCUUCUGUCAAUAAAAGGACUAAUUAUGUGCGAGGAAUCUUGUCUCCUGUUGCAUUGUGGGUAAACUUCAUCACCACGGACUCAACCGCUGACUUCAAUAGAUGUCAAGGCAAACUCCCUCGAAUGAAAGGGAUCUUUUUAAUAUCUUAACCAGAGGAGUCUGCGCGGACUCAGGUGCUCAGGUGAACAGUGACACAUUUUCGGAGAGUUUUCGUAGAUGAAAAAAAGAAAAGCACUCAUUUUGUACAUUGUGUACAGGUGUGGGAGUGAAUGGCAGGCGCGGCGGUGAUGAAGUAAACUGCUCGAUUUAAGUGUAGAUGCCAAAAUUGAUGUUUUGUUAGCAAGUACGGAGCCUCGCUGAUCAAUUGUUUGAGUGAAUAUACUAAUUUGUUUGGUGAAUCAUCAUUUUCUUAUUUAUUGUUCAGUCUUAGUGCUCUUGACACUUUGUUGUGCUAGCGAUCAGCUGGGGAUUCAGGAGGAGAGGAACACAAAAUGCCUAACUUCCCAUAACUUAUCUCUUUCUUUAGAUGAAUAGUAACAGCAUUGCAUACCUUUCGAUUAAGGACUGAUAUUUGAUACUUUAGUGAAUUAUGUCCAUGAUAUCAGGAAACAUUUUUAUUUGGACCGAUAUCACGUUUUCAAUUCAUGUCCUGUCAGUCAAAAAAUGUUUUGGAAAUGCUUCCUGUCUUUUUACCUCCGAGUAAUACAAUGAAUAGCAUUAGCGUUUUCAUUUGGUCCGCAAGAUCAGCUCAUAUCUUUGCCAAACGAAUCGUUCAUUUACAAAUAAUGUAUCGAAAGGAUUCUUUUUUGUAAGCAUGAAGUGAAAAUAAUGAAAUUCUUAAGACGUAAUUCCCACGUGGACUUUUCCUAAUCGAAUUACAUUUCAGCCACACUUUUGUUUCGUUCUUUGAAACCGCGUAAACUUAAAGCCCAUGUGGGAGCGACUUAAACAAGUAGCAGAACGCUGACAGAACGGCUGCUUCCACCCCGGUGGCAUCUGACGCCCUGACGUGAUUUAAUAGGCUCUUUGAUGUCGUCCAAAGUGCCUGGCACGCAGACCACAUACUGCGAGGCCUCAUGUGGGUUAUUUCUGGAAUUAAAAAAUUGACCGUGGCACGGGAGAAGCGCGGUGUCCGGUUCCGCCGCGGGCUUGCAUUACUCCCGUGAUCUCGGGCAGACGUGGGGAAAGAUGAGAUCUCCUGAUAGGAUCAAUAGUGUAUGGCCUUUAGAGACACAAAAACAGGGUAAAUAUUUUCCCCAGUACCUGAACACUUGCUUGAAUGGUUUUCACGCACCGCUAAAGUCAUUGGUUGUUUUCUAGUCAUAUCUGUUUCUCCCCUGGAAUGAUUUUAAUAUCAUGUGGCUGUAGGCACGCACGUAUCCGAGCACAUGGGUUCUGUGAAUGCUGUGUUUCGGGAAGUCACGACCAUAAUGUUUAGGAACAAUUGGUUUGAAAGAAAUAAUCUUAAUAUCAAAUACACCUUUUAUGGAAUGCAGGGGUAUAAAGUACUUGAGUGAUUAUACUUCAUACUUGAGGGUCUUUUUAUGGAAUUAUUGUUAAACUCGCGUACAUUUUUAUGGAAAAAAACAUUGAGUUUUAUUAAGAAGGCUACAUAUUUCAUAGGCCUCUAAUUCAAAACAUCAUAUACUCAAAUACACAUUAUUAAUAAAUAAUAAAAUGCUAACAUUUUUAUUUUCAUGCAUGUUUUCGAUUAGAUACUUUAACUUCUACAUGCAUACGCAUUUGACGGCGCUAAAACUAAACAAGUGUAAUUUCUCAGUAUUUUUACACCCCUGGUGCUAAUUGACAGAUAAAUGUCUAAAUGUUUGUUAAAUCAACGCUGUCAUAGUUAAAUCAUUUGGCAAACAUCUUCAAGUCUGAAAAGCUCUGCUGUUCAUUGGGUCGACUUAAUUUAGAAAACAUUAUAUUGCAAAGUGGCUGCAGCGUCUGUUUUUGUCCAUAUACUUUGCGUUUCAGCACCGAAAUUCCCCUUUGCCAUUUGAGAAUUCGAGGUCAAAGGAAUUCAUAUGAAAUGCUAUAUCAUUCAGUUCUUGUGUUCCUGGGUUUUUCACCUCAAGGCAGUUGUGUUCCUAUUUUCUCUCGUUGCGUCUUUUUAUCCCAGAGAUAUUAUUAUUCAGUGUUAGACAUAAUUUUAUAAUUCACACCACACCUGCUGCUUCAUACAGCUGUGAAGAAGGUAUGUAAAGCACCAUUUCCCUAAGCUCAUUGGCUGUGUGGCCUGAAUAUUAGACUUUUGCUGUACAUUAACAGCUUCUGACAGUGCAGCACCGACUUGCAUUAUAUGACACGUUUUAUAUCUUCAAAUGCAUUGUUUGUAAAUACACUUGCUGGUGCAGCUCAAAUAAUUACAAAUGAUUCAAUAAAUUUGUCAUUGU